AUGCCGUUUUUCUCUCGCAUCAAAGGCUCUGUCCUUCAUAACACGGGUAGCACUGCUCGCGACCACCUCGCCUCGGAACGCACCUUUUUGUCUUGGAUGCGCACCGGCCUAGGUUUCCUUGCCCUGGGUAUUGGUGUCGAACGCUUCAAUCAGCUGUAUCUGGCCGGACUUCUACGCACACCCAAAGAACGAUCGGGAGGAAGACCAGAUGAAUUGGUCAAGAUAUUGUUAGGCAGCGGGCUGGGCAGCAUCUUGUACGGAACCUCCAGAUACUUUUCCAACAUGUCGUAUCUGCAGAAAGGAUUGUUUAAGCCUUCCUACUAUGGAGCUGCAGUACUUGCGGGAGGUAUCACAGGAAUCGCUAGCGUGGCUUAUUGGAGAAUGGCCAAGGACAGGAUUGAGAAUGACGACAGCAAGUGUUGA